CUUCCGGCGCAGCGGAAUUCCGGGUGCGGCGCGAUUGCUGGCUGACCCGCCGUGUUGUCGUGGAGGGGGGCCCCAUGAGUACGGCGCCCCUGGUGGGCUACAGCAGCAGUGGCUCCGAGGAUGAGGCCGAGGCCGAGGCCAAGGCCGGGACCCGGGCCCAGCCGGGGGCUAGAGGCCGCAGUCGGGGCCAGAGCCCUCUUUCCAGCCAGAGGUUGCCAGUAGAGAGCGUGCUGCACAUGUUCCCGGGCACGGAGGAGGGGCCUGCAGAUGACAGUGCAAAACAUGGGGGCCGGGUGCGCACAUUCCCCCACGAGCGGGGCAACUGGGCCACCCAUGUCUACAUUUAUGAAGCCAGGGAGGAGUUCCUGGACCUGCUUGACGUCCUGCUUCCCCACGCCCAGACAUAUGUCCCCCGGCUGGUAAGGAUGGAGGCGUUCCACCUCAGCCUGUCCCAGAGUGUGGUUCUGCGCCACCACUGGAUCCUCCCCUUCGUGCAGGUGCUGAAGGACCGCGUGGCCUCCUUCCAGAGAUUCUGCUUCACUGCCGACCAGGUUAAGAUUUACACCAAUCAAGAGAAAACCAGGACCUUUGUUGGGCUCGAGGUCACCUCAGGGCACGCCCAGUUCCUAGAUCUGGUUUCAGAAGUAGACAAGGUCAUGGAGGAGUUUGACCUCACCACCUUCUACCAGGACCCCUCGUUCCACGUCAGUCUCGCCUGGUGUGUGGGUGAUGCACGUCUCCAGCUGGAAGGGCGGUGCCUGCAGGAACUACAGGAAAUCGUGGAUGCGUUUGAAGACUCCGAGAUGCUGCUGCGUAUGCACGCAGAGCAGAUCCGCUGCAAGUCUGGGAACAAAUUCUUCUCGAUGCCUUUGAAGUGAGCAUCGGAGGUCCUCAUGGUCCUGGGCUCCUCUGCAGCCAGGCAGAGAUGGAGGAACCUACUCAGAUCGACAGGGGUGCCGCCAGCCCCCCUGCUGGGAGGCUUGGCUGGAGGUGGGGCUGCUCCUGCUCCUCCUGGUAGCUGGUGCUCUCCUGGCACUCUCGGGUUACUUGUCAGGUUGCUGCUGCAUUUCGGUCAUUCCCAGAAAUCACCGGUAGAGGGCAGCCUGGGCUUCCUAGCUCUAAGUCUGCAGUUGUUAAGCAAACAAAACAAAACAAAAAAUGGGGGCCACGUGGUGAGCCCACCCAUACUCAGCCAGAAUCCCCGUGUGGUUCCUCCAACAAAUUGCCCCUCCCCCACACCCCCUUGGGCAGUUUGCCUUUUGAUGCCAUCGGGCCCAGACCAGGAUUUUUUAAGCCAUCACGCCCUGGCUCAUCUCUGCUCAAGCCUGACAUCGGGUACUUCCGCAGGGCCUAUCACCCAGUGUCGCUUUUAUUUAUUUACUUUCGUCUCACCCCCUCCAAUGCCAGCAGAGGCCAUUUCAGGGCCAAGGCCCAGGGUGCUAAUUUGUGGUUUAGCAUCAGUUUUCUCCAUUCCUUCCUCCCACUCGCUCCCAGCCAGGUGCCUGGGGAGACUUGAGCAGAUGUUUCAUCUUGGCCUGGCUGGUGGCUUUAAGCCAGGCCUCCAACGCUUCGUGACCUCUGGCUCCCAUCAGCUGUGGAGGCAGAGGUGUCUUCGCCAGGUGGAGUUCUCUUUCUGCUGCGUCUAGCUGCCUGCUGUGGCCUGCAGGCUGUCCAAGGAGACACAGGGUGCGAGGUGGGGGACACGGGGUUUCUGUUUUGCUUCAAGCCCUCACCAGAGCAAAGGACCAGUCGAAGAAGACAUACUUUUAUGUUGUAGUUUUUAAUUAUGUUAAGAAAUAAAAAUUGCAACGUUUA